AUGUUCCCAUCGCUUCUACUGUCUUUAUCUCGGCUCGGACGGACAUGGAAGCCCCUCAACUUCUCUAAUCCCAACUUCAAGAUCGAAGAAGAAACCAUCCCGGAUUAUGUUGCUUCUCGGUAUUAUCCUGUUCGAAUAGGAGAAGUUUUCAGGAACAGGUAUCAAAUCGUAGGAAAUCUAAGCUUUAGAACUAGCUCGACUGUAUGGCUUGCUCGGGACAUGAACUAUUGUCGCUAUGUUACCCUCAAGAUCCUUAUCAAGUCCACAUCCACGGGACAGCAAUUGGAUGAUGAGCUGAUGAUAAGCUACCCAGGUCGCAAAGCCGUUAGAUCGUUACUCGACUUGUUUGGAGUUGAUGGGCCCGACGACAAAGCAUUAAUGCCUUUCCAUAGGCUUCCUAAACUAGUCCUUGCAUUUGUGCUUCAGCGCCUGUUUAUGGCGCUAGGCUUUCUGCAUACAAAAUGCCAGAUUAUACAUACAGACAUCAAAGCCGACAACAUCAUGUUUAGCAUCGCAGACGACUCGGGCGCCCCGGUCCUCUGCAACUUUGGCUCAGCGGUGUCCAGUAGCAUAGAGCACUCGGAAGACAUUCAGCCUAAUAUCUAUCAAGCACCGGAGGUGAUUCUGGAAGCCCCAUGGACAUGUAUGGUAAGGGCAAUAGGUCCGACGAUCUUGGUGCAGCAAUUUCUGGAAAGUUGUAUCACAGAUUUGGGACAUCUUCGAAGGCGAGUCUUUAUCACUGGCCACGACCCAGAACUUCAGACAUACCGAAGUCGAGCUCACCUCGCUGAGAUGAUCAGUCUUCUGGGGCCACCGCCGCUCAGUCUCCUUGCUCAAGGGAAGUCGAGCCGCAAAUUCUUUUCCGACGAAGGAGACUUCUGCGCUGGAAUUCCAUUACAAGAUCGCAUUCCGCUCGAUGAGAGGGAAACUACUCUCGAGGGACAGGACAAAGCGAUUUUUCUACGCUGCGGCAGACGUUGCAAUGGGAGCCGGGGAAGCGUAGCUCCGCUAAAGAAUUAGAAGAGGACGAGUGGAUUCGUAAGAAUACAUGAGAGUGUAUUAAGUCAAAUCCUUCCAGGGCGUUGUAAG